GGGAGCCCAAACAGAUAGGAGGGAUCAUUGGGGAGCCCAGGAGACCAGAAUAUGGAUCCCGUGGACAGUAGCACCAAUGAUUACUCCAACUAUGAUUCCAUAACCCUGGACCCCAGCAUUCCUGUGGAUAAAGUUUCCAACACACUGCGCAUUCCUGAUGUCCUGGCCUUGAUCAUCUUUACAGUUGUCUUCCUGGUGGGAGUGCCGGGCAACACCCUGGUGGUCUGGGUGACGGCAUUCGAGGCCAGGCGAACAAUCAAUGCCAUCUGGUUUCUCAACCUGGCGGUGGCCGACCUCCUCUCCUGCCUGGCACUGCCCAUCUUAUUUGUAUCCAUUGUCCAGCACGGCCACUGGCCCUUUGGUGUGGUGGCCUGCCACAUCCUGCCCUCCCUAAUCCUGCUCAACAUGUAUGCCAGCAUCCUGCUGCUGGCCACCAUCAGUGCUGACCGCUUUGUGCUGGUGUUCAAUCCCAUCUGGUGCCAGAACUUCCGAGGGGCUGGCUUGGCCUGGGUGGCCUGUGGCGUGGCCUGGGCCUUGGCCCUGCUGCUGACCAUACCCUCCUUCCUAUAUCGUGCGGUGCAUGAAGAGUACUUCCCACCCAGGGUGUUCUGUGGCGUUGACUAUGGUAAAAACGGUCAGCACAGGGAGAAAGCCGUGGCCAUCGUCCGGCUGAUUGUGGGCUUUCUGUGGCCACUGCUCACCCUCACCAUCUGUUACACCUUCCUUCUGCUCCGGACAUGGAGCCGCAGGGCCACGCGGUCCACCAAGACACUCAAGGUGGUGGUGGCAGUGGUGACUAGCUUCUUUAUCUUCUGGCUGCCCUACCAGGUGACAGGGAUGAUGCUGGCCUUGCUGCAGCCGUCCUCAGGCAUCUUCCAACAGGUGAGCAAGUUGGACCCGCUGUGUGUCUCCAUCGCCUACAUCAACUGCUGCAUCAAUCCCAUCAUCUACGUGGUUGCCGGCCAGGGCUUUCAGGGCCGGCUGCGCAGAUCCCUGCCCAGCCUGCUCCGGAACGUGCUGACGGAGGAGUCCGUGGUCAGGGAGAGCAAGUCUUUCACACGCUCCACGGUGGACACGCCGGCUGAGAAGAGCCAAACGGUGUGA